GAACAGUAAGAAAGGUACUAGACGUAUACAACUCAACAAACUGACAUACAUGUAGUUUGACUCUGACAUUAUACAAUCAUCAGGCCUGUAGAACACUCUGUCCCCUUCUCCUGAAUGGUACAUCCCAUGACCUUUCACCCUGUGGGGGCAAUGACCCACAGGGCAGGUGUAAAGUCCAGUGGAUUGUAAGCAAAGUAGGCAGUGAUCAGGAAGGAGCCAUGGAAAACACUGGGAAGCUAGCGGGUCGUACCGUCUUCAUCUCCGGGGCGAGCAGGGGUAUAGGGAAAGCCAUCGCCAUCAAGUGUGCUCGAGACGGAGCCAAUGUUGUCAUCGCGGCCAAGACAGCAGAACCCCACCCAAAACUCCCAGGGACCAUCUAUACAGCAGCUCAGGAGGUUGAAGCAGCAGGAGGAAAAUGCCUGCCCUGUGUAGUAGACAUCCGGUUUGAGGACCAGGUCCAGUCAGCAGUAGAGCAGGCUGUGCAGACGUUUGGAGGGAUUGACAUCCUGGUGAACAACGCCAGCGCCAUCAGUCUGACUGGGACGCUGGAGACGCCCAUGAAGAGAUACGAUCUCAUGAACAACAUCAACACCAGGGGGACAUUCAUGGUGUCUCAGAAGUGUCUCCCACACUUGAAGAAGAGUCGUAAGAAUCCCCACAUCUUAAACAUCAGCCCUCCUCUCAACAUGCAGUCUCACUGGUUCAAGGGACAUGUCGCCUACACCAUGGCCAAAUAUGGUAUGUCCAUGUGUGUGCUGGGGAUGGCAGAGGAGUUCAGGGAUGAUGGGAUAGGGGUCAACGCACUCUGGCCGAGAACAACCAUCGGCACAGCUGCUAUAGACGUUACAGGGAGGGGGAGGGGAGGCAGCCGCACCACGGACAUCAUGGCGGACGCCGCGUACGUUAUGCUGACACGGGAUGGACGGUCCUACACCGGAAACAUCGCCAUUGACGAGGACGUGCUACGGGAAGCCGGGGUGCGAGACUUCGAGAAAUACUCCUGUGUACCAGGCCAUGAUCUGUAUCCAGACCUCUUCGUGGAUGAAACCAUGGAGGAAUUAAACAAGCGCCCUCGAGUGACUAGCAGAGGAACUGCAGGGACAAGCAAGACCAGCAAACUGUAGCGGUGGCAAACUUGUUAUGUCCAGGCACCAUGUUUCAAAGUCACUACCACUGGUAAAAGAUAUGACAGCAUAGAAGUUGGUAAUCACAUUAAAUAUGUUAAUAUAGCAAUGCAAUUGCUGUAAAGUUGUCUUUUAAACUACCAUCCAUGACAAAGUAUGCACCAAAUGUGUUCAACAUCCAUGAUAUCACGUACAUGUAUGGAUUUUUCAAUACAUUCAUCCUACUUUUGUGCCAAGGUAAGGCAAGCACUGCGCAUGUUGUUUGUUUCAUUUUAUUUUGUUCAUUCAUUCUGCCGCUGCGCGCAUGACUGCAAUGCUGCCAUGUUAU